UACAGUUGAUCAACGUACGCCUCGUGGAAAUGGGCUGCGCCUGCAACCCUUUCUGCCUCUCCCCACGACCGUCCGCCACGACAACCGCCGUCACCAUCACCAUCACCACCACCAAAGCCUUCCCUGUCUUCUCUGCCUCUCUCAACCCUUCUCAGCCACCACAUACUAAACCCUUCUUUCUCCACCUCUUCUCUCGCUCUCCCCAACCCUCUAAACCUCAUCAAAACCCCACUUUUCCCCUGCCCAAAAUCUUCUCUUCCUCCUACAACAACAACAACAAUAGUUCAGGCGGCGGAAGUGGUGGGGGACGUGGUGGUAAUGGAGAUAAUGAUGAUUGGAAUAGUUUUUUCAAUUUUGACAAAAACCCAUUAUUCCUCUGCCUUUUUUCUCGUAGUUUAGCCAAUCAAGAUGACAUUUUUGUUACUAACUUGAAUUUAAGGACAUUGUUUCUGUUCUUGAUAUCUGCAUCAGCUUCAAUUAGUUAUUGCUUUUCUUUAGCCUCGUUAGCAGAAGCAAAAACAGCUGAGAAAGAAAAAGGAGGAGAAGAUAUAGUAGUUUUUGAAAUCAGGGGUGGGAAGAAAAUUGGGUUGGUGCCAGAUUAUGCAAAGGAUGAGUUUAUUGGUCCUAAAACUAUUUGGUCAUUUUGGAGAUGCUGGUGGGAGAAAGGGGAUAGGAUUUCAAUGGGAAAUUUGUGGGUUCAGUGCAAGGAUUUGGUGACGAAUUUGCUGUUGCCAGAAGGGUUCCCAGAGAGUGUUACAAGUGAUUAUUUGGAGUAUUCACUUUGGAGAGGAGUUCAAGGUGUUGCUGCCCAAAUAAGUGGGGUUCUGGCCACUCAAGCCUUGCUUUAUGCUGUUGGAUUGGGUAAAGGAGCCAUUCCAACUGCAGCGGCUGUGAAUUGGGUGCUCAAGGAUGGAAUUGGGUACCUCAGCAAGAUACUAUUUUCAAAUUAUGGGAGGCAUUUUGAUGUCAAUCCGAAGGGCUGGAGGUUGUUUGCAGACCUCUUGGAAAAUGCAGCUUUUGGAUUGGAGAUAUUGACUCCUGCAUUUGCACAUCUUUUUGUUCCCAUUGGUGCUGUUGCUGGAGCAGGAAGAUCUGCAGCUGCACUUAUCCAGGCUGCAACAAGAAGCUGUUUCUAUGCUGGCUUUGCAGCUCAGAGAAAUUUUGCUGAGGUAAUAGCAAAGGGAGAAGCUCAGGGAAUGGUGAGCAAAUCUGUUGGAAUUCUGCUUGGCAUAGCCGUAGCUAACUGCAUUCAAUCUUCUACCCCUCUGGCUCUUGCUACUUUUGGUGUCGUAACAUGGGUCCACAUGUUCUGCAAUCUGAAAUCAUAUCAGUCCAUACAAUUGAGGACUUUCAACCCAUACCGUGCAAGUUUGGUCUUCAGUGAAUAUCUGCUCAGUGGUCUAGUUCCUUCAGUUAAAGAGGUCAACGAUGAGGAGCCGCUUUUUCCUGCUGUUCCAAUUCUAAAUACAAAGCCUGCAGAUAGCGUACAAAUGGAAAUACUGUCCGUCGAAGCAAAGGAAGCAGCUGCUCAUAUUGAGCACCGUUUGCAGCUGGGUUCUAAGCUCUCUGAUGUUGUUAGGAAUAGAGAGGACGCAAAUGCUUUGUUUGCUUUAUACAAAGACGAAGGCUACAUUCUGACUGAACAUGAAGGAAGAUUUUGUGUAGUACUGAAAGAGAGCUGUUCACCACAAGAUAUGCUGAAGUCAAUGUUUCAAGUUAGUUAUUUGUACUGGUUAGAAAAUAAUGCGGGGAUAAAGUCAAGCAGUGCAUCUGAUGACUGCAAACCAGGGGGUAAACUACAUAUGUCUCUAGAUUACGUGCGAUGGGAAUAUAACCAUGUCAAAAGUGACAGUGAAGUAGCAGGAUGGGUUACUGAUGGUCUUAUAGCUAGACCCUUGCCAAACAGAAUACGUCCAGGAAGUGCAACUGCCUUUCAGGCUUCUGAAGGUUGAUAUAAUGAGACUAAUGUGGUUGCUCUUUGGCAAUUGCACAUUGUCUCUAUUUCCGAAGAACCAAGAGAGAUAUUUCCAUGGAAGUCAGUUGUAACCAACCACGAUAGUUCCUGCUGAGCUGAUUUCUUCGGGUAAAGUUUAUAAUAUUCCUCUACGAGAGGAGAAUUGUGAUUUGAUGGUGAGGCAUCGUCUGUGGAAGGAUACAUUGGAUCCUCAGAUCACUUGUGCUUGAGCUCCUGAGUGGCUGAGUGAAUAAUCUGACGCACGGAGAAUGAAACUUCUAAGAAAUGGUUAGCAUCUCCAAUUUUUCUCUGAAAUGGUUGCUGAUGGAAGCUGUCCAGAUUAUGAAAAGGUUUCCUUCCUAUCUUUUUACGGAAAAUGGAUUCUGAAGAGGGGAUCUGGUUUUGGUUACCUUUGAGAACUGAAAUUUGAGUCCUGUGCUAAUUGCAUGGUUUAGCUUAUGUUGUUACCAGUAAAUACCAUUUUGAAAGAUGGGAAGUUGGGAGCGGGGCUAAAGAUUCUGGCUGAGGGGAUAUACAUGCGUAGGAUUAUUUUGUAAAUUAGAGAAACUAGAUUGUUAUGAUAGACUAAUGCAUCACACUAAUACUAGGCUGAUUAAAUCUUUGUUCACAGAGCAAAAGUCAAUGUGUGAUCUUUUCGCUUUUUAUUUUCUAGG